AAAAAAAAUGCAGCUUUGAUAGUUCCAUCUUUGACUUUAGCUGGAAGGCCAUUGCUUAAUCAGGCCACAAAAAACAUGGUAUUAAUGAGAAUUUAUCACAAUGAGCGUGGGAUCUGUGCUAUUUAAUGACCAGAAACUCAAAUGAAAAGUACCUGACUUAGCGUAUUUUCCUGCUAAAUAGAAUUUCUUUUGUGAUUGAAAACUUUGACUUAUGUGCAAUGCCUCUGCAUUUACGACCCUGUCAUUGAGAUAAAGGAGAAGGCAAUGGCACCCCACUCCAGUACUCUUGCCUGGAAAAUCCCAUGGAUGGAGGAGCCUGCUAGGCUGCAGUCCAUGGGAUCGCUAGGAGUCGGACACAACUGAGUGACUUCACUUUCACUUUUCACUUUGACGUAUUGGAGAAGGAAAUGGCAACCAACUCCAGUAUUCUUGCCUGGAGAAUCCCAGGGACCCUGGAGCCUGGUAAGCUGCCAUCUAUGGGGUCACACAGAGUCGGACACAACUGAAGCAACUUAGCAGCAGCAGCAUUAAGAUAAGACCCUCAGCUGAAACAACCUGAGUUGGCUGGGAGGUCUGUGUGCUCUGUCACUGAUGUUGGAAGAGGAUUUUCCUUACUGAACUCUCACUGCACAUCCACAGUCUGCUGCCAGGCUUCAUGACUCUGAAUUAAGUCCCUCGUCUGUUUAGAGCUCCUCGUGGCUCUGACGGUAAAGAAUCUGCCUGCAGUGCAGUAGACCAGGGUUCAAUUUCUGGGCCAGGAAGAUCCCCUAGAGAAGGGCCACCUGCUCCAGUGUUCUUGCCUGGAGAAUCCCAUGGACAGAGGAGCCUGGUGGGCUAUAGUCCAUGGAGUCGCAAAGAGUCAGACAGGACUGAGCAGCUAAUACUUUCACUUCUUUCUGUUUAGAUGUGACUUCAAAGUCCUAAACCGAGAAAAAGAUACUGUUUAACUGCAGUGUGUCCAUACACGGGUACUUGACUGGUGUCUUGCUCCAGAAAUCAGUUAGCAGGGUCUUGUGACUCUGAGCCGCAGGUCUAAAAUACUUCCCUUCGCUGUGGUGCUGAGUUUGCUCCCGGUCCCUGAGCUCUUCUCAGUCACUGCUGAGGCUUGAAUCUUGCCACGUGAUGGAAGCCGAGUUGUCACUUGGAAGAAGCAGGGGGAACCCCUUCAGAAAGUCCCAGUUCUGGGAUUUUCUUUAUCUCGUGUGAGUUCCAGUUUUUAAAGAUGCGAACACAAAUGGCACCUUCUCCCCUGUGUCGGUAAGGUGGAGCAGGAUGAGUUUGGUCUCCAGCAGGAGAAACUGGACAUUGGAAAAUGCACCUGGGGAGGUGGACGCUUGUGUUCCCUUACCAGGGAACAGGUUUGUGUGUCCUCAUCCCAGUGGACUUUCACACGCUGUCCUGGCCAUUUCUGACCUGUGUUGUCAGUUUCCUUAACCUAAACCCACCUUCCUCUCCUUGGAUCUUGGGUGCUGUGCUGUUGGUUUGCGGUGUAGGGACACAUGACAUUUUUGCUGAGAGCCUUGGAGAGUCUCCAGGGUCUGUGGUCUGGUUGAAAGAUGUCGGCCCUCACCGCCCUGUUUAAGUACGUGGAUGAAAAUCAGGAUCGGUAUGUUAAGAAGCUCGCGGAAUGGGUGGCCAUCCAGAGCGUGUCAGCAUGGCCUGAGAAGAGAGACGAGAUCCGCAGGAUGAUGGAGGUGGCUGCCGCCGACAUCAAACAGCUGGGCGGCUCUGUGGAGCUGGUGGACAUCGGGACCCAGAAGCUCCCUGAUGGCUCCGAGAUCCCACUUCCGCCCAUUUUACUUGGCAAGCUGGGCUCUGACCCGCAGAAGAAGACGGUGUGCAUCUACGGCCACCUGGACGUGCAGCCGGCAGCCCUGGAGGACGGCUGGGACAGCGAGCCCUUCACCCUGGUGGAACGAGACGGCAAACUGUAUGGGAGGGGAGCCACCGAUGACAAGGGGCCGGUGGCCGGCUGGAUCAACGCCCUGGAAGCCUUCCAGAAAACCAAGCAGGAGGUCCCCGUCAACGUCCGCUUCUGCCUGGAGGGCAUGGAGGAGUCGGGCUCCGAGGGCCUGGACGCGCUGAUCUUCGCCCAGAAGGACGCGUUCUUCAAGGACGUGGACUAUGUGUGCAUCUCCGACAACUACUGGCUGGGCAAGAACAAGCCCUGCAUCACCUACGGGCUGCGGGGCAUCUGCUACUUCUUCAUCGAGGUGGAAUGCAGCGACAAGGACCUGCACUCGGGCGUGUACGGCGGCUCGGUGCACGAGGCCAUGACUGACCUCAUCAUGCUGAUGGGCUGCCUGAUGGACAGGAAGGGGAAGAUCCUCAUCCCAGGCAUCAGUGAGGCUGUGGCCCCCGUGACUGAGGAGGAGCUGGAGCUCUACGACAAGAUCGACUUUGACCUGGAGGAGUACGCCAGGGACGUGGGCGCCGGGACCCUCCUGCACGGCUGCAAGAAGGACAUCCUGAUGCACAGAUGGCGCUACCCGUCCCUGUCUCUCCAUGGCAUCGAAGGUGCCUUCUCCGGGUCAGGGGCCAAGACCGUGAUUCCACGCAAGGUGGUCGGCAAGUUCUCCAUCCGACUCGUCCCGAACAUGACUCCAGAAGUGGUCAGCGAGCAGGUUACAAGCUACUUGACCAAGAAGUUUGCUGAGCUUCACAGUCCCAACAAGUUCAAGGUGUACAUGGGCCACGGCGGGAAGCCCUGGGUGUCCGACUUCAACCACCCUCACUACCUGGCUGGGAGGAGGGCCCUGAAGACAGUGUUUGGCGUCGAGCCAGACUUGACCAGGGAAGGCGGCAGCAUCCCAGUGACACUGACGUUCCAAGAGGCCACGGGCAAGAACGUCAUGCUGCUGCCCGUGGGCUCGGCGGACGAUGGAGCGCACUCCCAGAACGAGAAGCUCAACCGGCGCAACUACAUCGAGGGGACCAAGAUGCUGGCCGCGUACCUGUACGAAGUCUCCCAGCUGAAGGACUGAGCGCCGCCCCGCCAUCCCCACGCGCUCCCCCGCCUCUCUCGGGACUGCCCGCCUCUCCUCCCCUCUGUCAGAUUCUGCAGACUUCCAGCGUGGAUGUGAGAGCCCCCGCCCCGUCUCAGGAAGGAGUAGCCUCCACUGGCCGCGAUAAGCGGUCAGGCCCAGGGCCUGUCAGUGACCCUGGAUGAGCUGACUGCGCCCCGGUGGUCAGCGUGCCAUGGUCUCCAGAAGGUAGCACACGUUCCUCCAUAGAAAGUGCUGGAUGGCGUCCACCAGGGCUGAAGAGGGGAUUCAGGGUCUCCUGGCCCUGCCUCUGUCCCCAAGUCAUGGUCGUGCCCGCUCGGAGCGUCCUGUCUCAGAGCCUGGGGCCUCGAGAGCAGCCGUCCUGAUCUGAGCUGUCUCGGGCACAUCCUGUCCUGUUCUCAAAAUCUUACCCGUUAUGAUGUUCCAUCUCUGUAUUAAAAUCCUUCAAAACCUAAA